GUGGCGCAGCGGUUCGCCGCUUUGAAAGUGACAGGAGAGCUGCUUGUUGUUGACAUUUAUUUAUUUUUUUCUACCGUGUGCUGCUUUCUUGGUGCGGCGGAGGCAGAGAUGGACGACCAGGGCUGUCCGAGAUGCAAAACCACCAAAUACAGGAACCCGUCGCUGAAGCUGAUGGUGAACGUCUGCGGACACACGCUAUGCGAGAACUGCGUGGAGAUGCUGUUCGUGCGCGGCUCGGGCAACUGCGUGCAGUGCGACACGCCCCUGCGGAAGAGCAACUUUCGCGUGCAGCUCUUCGAAGACCCGACCGUAGACAAGGAGGUGGAGAUUCGCAAGAAGGUGCUGAAGAUUUACAACAAGAGAGAUUUUGACUUCCCCAGCCUGAGAGAAUAUAACGAUUAUCUGGAGCAAGUGGAGGACAUAGUGUAUAACCUGACAAACAACAUUGAUGUGGAGAACACCAAGCUGAGGAUGGAGCAGUACCAGAGAGAGAACCGAGAUAUCAUCCAGAAGAACAAGGCGAAGCUCACGCGAGAACAAGAAGAGCUGGAGGAGCUGCUGUUGCUGGAGCAGCAGGGCAAUGAGCAGCGGAGACUAGAAGUGCUGCAGGAGGAGCAAAGACAACUACAGGCCAAGAAGAAGAACAAACAGGCUCUGCUGGACGAACUGGAGCAGUCUCAGCUUCCUGCCACCAUCUUACUUGCCCAACACAAGGUCCGCGCUGCUCAGCUGGAGACCCAGAUAGAGCAGCAGAAACAGGCUGUGAAGCCUACCAAUCUAUUUUCAACUGGAAUCCAAAUGCGUCAAACAGUGUCUCUCCAGCCUGUGCCCAGGAUAGAGGAGGUUCUGUACCGCUACAACCCCCUUCAGGUUGAAACCUACGGACCCCCGGUGCCUGAACUGGAGCAGCUGGGCAGACUCGGGUAUCUGAACCACGUGCGGGCUGCCAUGCCUCAGGACACAGCUGGAGGAUACACCUCGGCUCUGGCGUGUUAUCGAGCCGUCCAGGAUGCUUUCAGCGGGCUGUUCCCUACGAAAGGCUGAACCCGACCAGAGUCAGACUGAAUGGACUAUAAAUACAGCACUGCUACCACGGUGCUGCUGUGGUGGGUAGUGCUCCCACACAUCACUGCUCAUACUUUUUUAUAUUUUCCGUUACUUUUAUUUGUAAAUAAAUGAAAAUUAACACUGA